AUGAAAGGGCAGGGCCCGUGCCUGCAGCGAGUAGACGAGCUGUACAUGAAGUGCGCGGAGUGGGACUUGGAGGUCCAGCUAGUCUGGCACCCCCGCUCGGAACAGCAACAGCAGUAUGCAGACACGCUCUCCAAGUUCGAAGACAGCUCGCAGUGGUGUUUGGACGACGCGGUGUUCGCAAGUUUGUGGGCGGAACCAUGCCUGCAGGGAAGCAGGCCUACGGUAGAUGUGUUUGCGGACGAGUUUUCUACGAAAGUACCAGGACGCUUCUUUGCGCGUUAUUGGAGCCCCAACGCCCUAGCGGACCUCCUGGUGCUUCUGCUGGAUGUGGGCGAGCACAUGCAGCCCUACCUGCCCCUGCUACACCGCCUAGUUUUUCAUGUCCUCAAUGUCAAACUGUUGAGCAAGCCCAAUCAUGAAGUGGCUGUCGUACUUUACGGCACCAAAGGCACCCGCCACAAGCUGUACGACGCAUCCGACCCGCUGUCGUACCAUCACGUUACCGUAUUGCGCCCGCUCCAGAACCUGGGCUCCUAUCUGGACCUGCAGUCCUUUGCAUUCGCCGCUGACCCGCCGCGGGGUGCCGAAGGGCAUGGCGGCGAAGCCGCCGCCACCUGCGCCGCCGCGUCCCCGGACCACCCGGCGGAGGCGGCGGACGCAGAGGCGGCGGCGGAGGUGGCGCUGCUAGCACGCGUGGAGGCGGCGGGUUUGGCGGGGGGCCGCGACGCGGCGGCGGAGGCUGCGGCUGUGGGUCGGGCGGCGCGGGUGUUCGGUCCUCCGGGGCCCAAGUCCGACUGGGCCGAUGGUCUUGUCGUGGCGCUCGAUUUGUUGGCGUCUGCCCUUGAUGAGCGGUUCGAGCGGGACAAGAAGGAGGCCGGCAAGCUGGGGCAGCUGCGGGUGCUGCUGGUGUCCAACUUGGUGGGGGAGUCGGAGCCCUUCGAUGAGGACUUCCGGAAUACGCUGGUGGAGACGUGCACCAACAAACGAAUACUGCUGGAGGUGGCGGCACUGGAUCACUACGUGCCGCAAGUAGCGGCGGCGGGGGCGGGGGCCCCGACGGCAGAGGUAGCGGAUGUCGACGGCGGUGUCAGCUGCGUCGGUGGCGGUAAGGGUACGGCAUUGCUGGCGGCGGAGGGCGAGGACACGCUUGCGUUGUUGCCGCCGCCGCUGGCGGCGUCGCGACGGCGCAACUUGGAGCAGCUGCACCUCUUGAAGGCGGAGAUGGCGCCGGCGGCGUUUAGAUACGGCACCCGCUGUUUUCGUAAUUCGCAGGUCAAGCUGUACAAGAAAAUCCGCCGUACGAUUGUGGACGAGUGGAAGACGAUCUUGGACCCCAAGCGGGGAGGGGGAGAGGGGGAACAGGGAGGAGGAGGUGACGGACCCGGCGGCGGUGGCGGCGGAGGCAACGGUGGCGGCGGAGGCGACGGCGACGGUGGCGGCGACGGUGGCGGCGGGGGACCCGGUGGCGGCACCGACCCGGGUUUCGUACGGGAGGUGGAGUACGAAGACCCAACAACUGGUCAAAAGUUCACUAGAGACGACUUUAUAGUCAAGGGCUUCUCGUACGGCAAGCAGGCCGUACCCAUUGCGCAGUACACUGACGAGCAGGCCCACGCGAUGGACGAGCAGAUGCGCAAGUUCAGAGAGAAGGAUUUUAGUCUGCUGGGUUUCGUCAACGCGGGUAGCGUACCACACCACCGACUGAUUGACGAGCCCCAUGUGGUGCUGGGUGAUUCGCCGUCCUCGGCAGCGGUCAUCGCCGCACUGGCGCUGGUGCUCAAGGAGCGUGGCCAGGCAGGGGUGGUCCGCUUCCUCAUCCGCAAGGAGUCCCCUCAGCUGGGCCUCCUGACCCCCCACCUCAGCAACUCCCCCGACGUACCACAUGCGCUGCUGCUAAGUCCGCUGCCAUUCGCGGAGGACAUACGGACGUACACCUUCAGCACGUUCCGCAACGAACAGGAGGCGAGGGAGCUGCCCAGGCUGCUGGCGGAGGCGCGCGGCGAGGAGCCGCCGCCGUCGCCGCCGCCGGCCGCGGCGGUGGCCGCAGACCCCCUUACCCAGGGCGUCCUGUUGGCUGGCGGCAGCAGCAGCAAUGGCAGUAGCAGCAACGGGCUAUUAGGCGGACUAGGUGCAGCCACAACUGCACCGGAGCCAGGGCUGCGUUUUGAGCGGCUCCAGCCGGAUGACGAACAGCAGGAUGCGGCGCUGGCGCUGGUCCGAGGUUUGGACCUGGGCCCCUCCCCGCUGCUGGGCAUUGGUGGCGGUUGCGCGACCCGCGAGCCCCACCCCGAGGCGCUGGCGCCCGAGGCCACCGCGAACCCGGUGCUGCAGCGGGUGUACACGCUGGUCACGUCGCGAGCUCUGGAUCCCACAGCCCAACUACCGGACCCUGAGGGCGACCCCCUGGUCGAGCUGGUGCUACAGCCACACGGGCGUUACUGGCCGCCGGGGGCGCGGGAGGCGUUACGACGGGCGGAGGAGAAGCUCCGUACUCGGGAUCGCGUGCCUGGAAGCCCGAGGGCCUCCAAGAGGGCCCGACUGGAACAGGAGGGGGGCGGCCAAGGCGCCGAAGACGCAGCCGCCGCUGCCGGCCAACUAUCCGAGUCAGCGGCAGCGGCUCCGGUUACUGUGUUGUUCGACCCCACAGCGGCUGGCGGCACGGCUGCUGCUCGUGUGGGUCGUGUGGCCGAGCUGAGCGCGGUGGAGGACUUCACAGCGAUGAUGGCGCAAGGACGCGACUCCGCCAUGGAGGCCGUACGGCAAAUGCAGGAGCUGGUACAAGUGUUAGUCGGCCGCUCAAUAGGCGACCAGCUGUACGGCAAGGCGCUCAAGUGCCUUGAAGCUCUGAGGGCGGGCUGUACCGCUACUGGACGAGCGGGUGCCUUCAACCGCUUCCUGCAGGGCUUUGUGGAAUGGUGUCGCUCUGAAGACCGCGGUGCCUUCGUGUCCGAGAUGGCGACGCAAGGCAUCAGCCUCAUCACCGCAGAAGACCUUACCCGACACCGCCCGCCCGCCGGCGGCGGUGGCAGCGGUGGCAGCAGCGGCGGCGGUGACGCGGCGCUGUUCGAGGACGACGGUGGCGCGGUGGCACCGUGGGAGGCACGUCAGUUCUUGGAGCGUCACUCGAGGCCGGCGGAGGAGGCGGUGGAGGCGACGUUGCCCACCGUUGUACAGGAUGAGGAGUUCGAGGACAUGGAUUAA